AUGUCUUCUUCUAUAAGAUCAUGUUUGCGCCUGUCGAGCUCGAGAACUUUGAGGACGGUUCCUAGAGCUCAAAGAUAUCUUUUGCAGCAGAGAAGAGGCAUUCAAACUCCUCCACCGAACCCGAAAGGCGACCCAACAGCUCGAAAAUCUGCCGCUCCCCUCAAGCCAGUUCCGUUUGCGAAGACAAGAAUUGUAGUUGGUGUUAUAUUUAUAGGACUCUUGAUACGCUCAAUGGCAACAGAAGAACCUGCGAAGCUUGAUGCGCCGACGAUAGCAGAGAGAGACAGUCUCGCGAAACGAGAAAGUGGUGUCACAGAGAAUUCACCAAUGCGAUUGCGUAUGGAAGACUUCAUAAAACAACAACAGAAAGAAAUCGUAAAGGAAUUGGAAGCUAUAGAUGGCAAGAAAUUUCGCAUAGACACUUGGACGAGAGAAAAUGGUGGCGGCGGUAUUUCCAGUGUGCUCCAAGAUGGAAAUGUGUUUGAGAAAGCCGGAGUCAAUAUCAGCAUUGUUUAUGGAACUUUACCACGGCCAGCUAUCGAGAAAAUGAGGGUCAAUCACAAGGCUAUUGAUGCAGACAUACAAUCAUUGGACUUUUUUGCGGCGGGCCUAAGUAUGGUUUUACAUCCAGUCAAUCCAAUGGCACCUACAGUACACCUCAACUACCGAUACUUCGAGACGGAAAAUCCAGACGGAACAGCAAACGCAUGGUGGUUUGGAGGAGGAACUGACCUCACCCCAAGCUACUUAUUCGAUGAAGAUGCGAUUCAUUUCCACAAGACAAUCAAAGAAGCUUGCGACAAACACGACAAGGAUUAUUUCCCUAGGUUCAAGGCGUGGUGUGACAAAUACUUUUACAACAAGCACCGUAAUGAAUCGCGGGGAAUUGGAGGAAUCUUUUUCGAUGACCUAGAUGAGCACGAGAAGGACCAGGAGAACACAUUCGCGUUCGCUCAGAGCUGUUUAAAAGCUUUCUUACCAUCAUAUAUUCCCAUCAUCAACAAGCGGAAAGAUAUGCCAUACACAGAGAAGGAGAAGGAAUGGCAACAAAUUAGACGGGGAAGAUAUGUAGAGUUUAAUCUGGUGCAUGAUAGAGGUACCGCUUUUGGGUUGAACACCCCCAGUGCAAGAGUUGAGAGUAUCUUGAUGAGCUUGCCACUGACGGCAAGUUGGAGAUAUAUGUAUGAACCUGAGAAGGGAAGUCGAGAACAGAGGCUUGUGGACGUUUUGAGGGAACCUAAGGAGUGGGUAUGA